CAUCUCAAGUGGACCCAACAAAAGCAGCUGAAGCAGUAGCUUUACGAAUAUUGAAAGACGCAUUGAUUCCUAGUGAGAAUGCUAUUAGAGAAUUUACAGAUACCAUUAAAGAUAGAUCAAGUUCAGCCACUAAUGCACUUGAAAACAUUUCUAAUGGGAGUCCAACUAUAAGAAAUAGCAUAAGUAAUAGUAUGUGGAAUAAUUUGAAUAUUGUGAACAAAAGUCCACCAGUUAAUCCAUUCGCAUCAUAUGCAAAAACUAGAGAUGAAAUCAUUCAUAUGGCUACCCAGAACAGCCUCUUACCAUUUCUUCUUGGGUUUUUUACCAAACAUUUAGAAACUGAUACAAAAAGUUCAAAUACAUCUAACGUAAAUACGGAUAAUAUAAAUAUCGAUAGAGAGGAUUUUUUAUAA